CUUAUUUUAGCAAUUUAUCCGGCCUGUGAAAAAUCUCUGAGAUUGCUGCAGCAAGUAUAGAGAGAGAUUUCUUUCAUCAAUCCAAAUCCAAUAAAAAAUCAAUCUUUGGUGAAGGAGUCUUUGAUGGGUCAAUCAACACAAGCAAGUCUUCUUCUUCAGAAGCAGCUUAAAGAUCUUAGUAGGAAUCCUGUUGAUGGAUUCUCAGCUGGUCUGGUUGAUGAUAAGAAUGUUUUUGAAUGGAGUGUAACAAUUAUUGGACCACCAGAUACUCUCUAUGAUGGAGGGUAUUUUAAUGCAAUUAUGAGCUUUCCGCCUAAUUAUCCAAAUAGCCCUCCGACAGUGAGGUUUACUUCGGACAUGUGGCAUCCUAAUGUUUAUGCUGAUGGGCGCGUUUGCAUAUCUAUUCUCCAUGCUCCUGGUGAUGACCCUAAUGGCUAUGAGCUUGCAAGUGAGCGAUGGACACCUGUUCAUACGGUUGAGAGCAUCGUUCUGAGUAUUAUUUCCAUGCUUUCAAGUCCAAAUGAUGAAUCCCCGGCAAAUGUUGAAGCCGCUAAGGAAUGGAGAGACAAGAGGGAUGAAUUUAAAAAGAAAGUGAGCAGAGUUGUGAGGAAGUCCCAAGAAUUUUUCUGAAUGGCAAGUCAGAGAGUUUCAAACUCACAGUCAAGGAAGCGACAAUGCAAAAUUUGCUCCAAGUCAACGUUCGUUUGCAUAAGCGAACUACAAGAAGAAGAGAGACUGGUUGUUGGGUCAUGUGGUCGUCAUCGUAAUGCAUCAUCGAUUCAGUAAUUGUGGAACUUCAAUUCAAGUUCUUAUAUCUAUAUCUUUUUCUUUUCUGUUUAUUUAUUUUGCAGUAAUUCUCUUAGUGGUAAACAUUCUAAAAAAAUGUGUAUUCAGUUAAGUUUGAUUCGGAGUUUUUUUUUCUAUGUAUAAACUUUGGUUUGAUGCUUCUUCUUAACCUAAUUAAGAGAAACCCUA